AAAAUAAACACGUUUUGUUCACGAAAUCUCGGGGUGUCCUUUAAAUCAACAGUGAGGGAAAACACUCAACCAUAUUACAUUACUAUUAUUACUACUAGAUAGUGUUGCUCAAGUGGUACUACUUGACGAUCCUGGCUCGGGGUUCGUAUUUUCCGCCAGAACAGAUUAUUCAUUUUGAGGAUUUUGGUUCUUUAAACAGGAAAUAUACUGAAUGCCAAAAAAAAGCGUAUGUUACGGACUAAUGAAAUAUCAUGCAAAAGGUUUUUCUAUGUAUAAAAAAUGUGUCACUACCAAAAGAAACGAUACUAAAACUGUGAUAAGGAAUAUUGAUCUUCUAUCCUGUGCAGAAAAGGUAUUAUGUUUGCUUUGCCUGUGCGUGACCCUAGCGUGAAUAAAUGAUGCUAC